CUAUGAGAGAGAGCCCCAGCAUCAGAGAGUAGAGUGGAAACAGGAAGAGGAGGCGAGGGGGGAAAGAAAAGGAGACAGAGAGGAGAGGAUCGGGUGAGACAAGGUGGCGAGGAGUGAAAAGAAAGGGAGGAAAAAAAAGGGGAGAGAAGAGGGGCAGCCCGGACCAAAGACCCUGAAGGGGACAAAAAAACAAAACAAAAAAACAAAAAACUACAGACAAAAAAAAAAAACCCAAGAGAGGUCUCCCAACAACGCUCUGCAAAUGGAUUUUGCUGCUUCCAGCAGAAAAUGUCACAUUUAGAUGGUUGCCAUGCUCACCCAGGAGGUCAAAGCUCGCAGCUAUUUAAAGGGAUCUGAAACCGCACUGGUCUGGAGUCUUUCUAAUCCUGUCCUGAUAGCAACGUCAAAAUUUGGACCUGAAAGUCUUGACUCUCGGCGGUCACUGUAAGACUGUCUCUUGUGCUGACGUGGGAAGUGGACGGUCCCGCUACACACCGACCAAGACUGGCUGCAUGUAUCACCCGGCGGAGCUCUACUCUGGCCGCAACACAUGGGACCCCUACCCAGCUGGAGGGCCUAACAGAGGACAAUGGGCGCCUGUAAAUGGCCGCCCCUGGAGCCACCCCCAAAGAUACCAAGAAGGACGAAACCUGUCACAUCCUUCACUAUCAAGUCAUCUGUAUAACAGGGGGAACAGAACAGUCAACCAUGUCCAGGAUAAGGGCAUCUCAAAGGGCCAUAGACAUCCGCAAAGAAUUUGGGAUGGUAAAGAGCAGCAAUUUGAGGCCCAGAGCUGGCAUCACAACUCCUCACGCUCAUUCCCCAACCAAAGCGGUAACAGUUAUCAAACUGGACCCGGACAACGCUAUGUCAACUGGCAGAACAAUCAAGGGCAUCCUCGCCUGAAUCGCGGCAGCAGAGAGUUGCAGCCCCCGAUGGAUAGAUGGGGUGCGUCAGACCACCACAGAGGCUUCACGGGCAGAAUGGCCAACAACAGGCACGGACCUUGGAAACGUCCCACCCUUCACCAGCGGAGAGAGCAGCUGCCUCAUCACAGUCCACCCCCUCAGCACCAACUAUCCAUGAGGAACGGAUGUCCGGCUAAAAGGAAAAGGGACUCUGACCCAGAUCAAUUAUCUCAUCUUGGAUCGAGGCAUUUAUCUCCACCUCUUCAUGUCUCGUCAUCGCCAAGCCACUACCGUUGCAACCAAGAUGACAGAGCGGAUCCCUGCCAUCGCUCUGAACACAGGACCUCAGCAUCUCAUCAACAGGAAACCUCUGAACCUCGAACGGGAGCCCAUGGCGCUGGUGACUCGGAACCUCCCAACCAGAGUCUCAUCAGCAGACCGCCACAUUAUGGUAACAAAGGGAAGGUCGAAGGGAAAAUCUCAGUUUCACCAGCAGACCACACCCGUGUGCCUUACAGCCAGCAAAACCAUCACUACCACCAUCAGCGGCACACAAGCCACCAGAAAGUUCCACAGCACAACAAACCACCACGCCCCCUGGAGGAAAAGGACUUGCAGAGCCAUCAUCACAAGCAAAGCACAGAACAGAAGCGGUCUCAUUCAAGGUUCAAUCCAAGGGAUUCAACCCUGUGCAAAAGUUCUGCUGCAGAGUUUUCCCCCAGUCCGACGCCUCUCUGCAGUCCUAAAGAUGGUCGUUCCACUUCCAGCAGUCCUGGAGCUCCAUCCAGUCCCUCCCCAUUCGCUGUGUCCGGUUGCAGGAGAGAUUCAGCAGACAUUCACCCACGCCUUCCGACUCUCAGUGAACAGCAGAAGUCUCUGGCAGGCCCCGGUCACGUCCAGAGACCCAGCCUGACAUUCACAUGCCAUACGUCUGAGUCUGGCUCAAAAUCCAGGUUUUCAGACCCCAAACACAGGAAAACCUCAGUCUGUUCACGACAAUCUCCGGUUGCCAGGCCGAGGACGAGCAAGCCCGAGAAGGGGAUGGAGGAGCUCAGAAAAACUGAGAUCAAACCGAAGGAUAAGCUCAUUAAAAAACAGAAAAUGGGUGAUUUUGCAAAUGGGACUAACGAGGAAAAAAAAAGAAGGAAGAAAAAAGAAGAGAAAAGCAUAGAAGAAAGGAAUAGGAAGAGAGAUAAAGCAAUUAAGAAGGACAAAAAAUUGCGCUUGAAAUUAAAAAAAAUGAAGAAGGAAAAGCUCUCUUCCGUCGAUGCUUUCCCCUGUCCAGGAGAGGCCAAACUGGACAAAGUGGAGACGCCAUCUUUGUCAGGAAUUAAUCAAAGCCAGUCACUCCGAAGACACAAAACCAGGAAAAGAGGUGAAAAGGUCAAAAGAACAUUGGACACGCCAACCACUUCCAAUCCCAACUCUACUUCCCAGUCCCCAACUUCAAAGUCCAAGCAAAUCCCUGAAGGGAGCAGCAUUCCCACAGAACUGCCAGCAAAUGAACUCCCCAUAGCCAACUCUGAAAGUCUCCAUCAGAGCAGCAAUGUUACAUCAGAAUAUGGAACAAGCAUCACCUCUGGUAAAACAUUUCUUUCAAUCUUCCAUAAAGCCUCAGCACCUCUCAGUACCACGUGCUCGGCUGGGUCAGACCCGGUGGUCCCUGGCAAAAGCGAGAAGAAGCUGGGAGUUCUCAAUGCGCCAGACCUUCAGCCUGAGGCUGUGCUGGGAAAUCUCAGUGACUCGGGAGACAACCAUGCAAACACUCCUCCUGUGCUCAGCUGGCAGGGCUCCCCCGUUUCAGAUUUUGAAGAAGAUGAGGAAGAGCUGAAAAAGGGUGUAAUCAGUAGGCCUGUUCUCCAGCCCAGUCCCACUCAGUGUUUAUCUCCUCUCCCUGCAGAUAGUGACAGCACUGAGGAACCGGAUGGUUACUCUCUCCACAGCCCAACUGAGUUCUGCGAGCCGCCUUGUGCAAUCAAAGAAGACAUUGAGGAUGAGAGGGAGAAUACACAUAGUAAAGCUACGGGUUUGCUCCUUAAUGACUUCGAUCAACAAAAAGCAGGUUUGGAUGAUGUUUUCAAGAGCCUGGCCACCUUCCUUGAAGGCCAGAGAGCAUCAUGUCGCGGGGGUCCUUUUGGUGGGGCCACUUCCAGAGGGGUAAAGCAUUCAUCAUCUCUCACAGUGGCGCCCCAGAUUCACCGUGAUGAGAAUCAGGAUCUCUGCCAUAAAUCAUCUCCCACAGCCUUCUCGGAGCCUAACAGUCAAUCACCUCCUGAUUCUACCUCAGACUCACGUUUGAAAUCCCAAAGUCUGCCAUUUCGAAAAGAUUCAGUACCGCAUCCCAAGGCGAAGGAGAAUCAGGAAGAAACUGAGAGUAGUUCGGAUGAUAACGGGGUGGGAAAGAAUAAAGAGAACCUUCUGGAGCGAAAGGAUUCCUCACGUCUGGAGGGAUCGCUGAGUGCGGAACUGAGAGUGACCACAACUCACACUGCCUCUUUCACUGGCGUCAUUACCGUCUCCACCAAGGACAGAAGAGAACACAGGAAAGAAUCCAAGCGGACUGCUACAAAAAGGAAGAGAAAGCAUAAAGAUGGCGGAAGAGAGGACAUCGUAAAGAUAAAGGUGAAUAAAAAAGACAGGAAGCGCAAACUUGAAGCUAAUCCCUCAAAGGAUGCGCACAAGAGGGGUAUCUCAUCCUCUGUAUCCGUCAUCACCAAAAGCUCCACCAGACCUCUUGCAGACAGCAUGAAGGGCCAGAUUCCUCAGGAAAAUCAAACGCCAUACGGUAAAGACAUCAAGAGAGCCAAACUGGACACUGGGGUCGCUGAUGUGAAGGUGGAGGUCGGUGUGUUAGGAAAGAAGAAAAGCCCAGACACCAACACCUCAAACACAGGAACCUCAGCCGCAAGAAUCAAAGCAUCAGGUCAGUCGGGUGCUAUCACACCAGCAAGCAAAUCUCCCAGCUCCAAAGGUCCAGUGGAUCCCUUGAAAGUGAAAGCAUUGUCCAUGGGCUUGUCCAAGGAGCUGAAGGUCGUGCUGAUUAAAAUGGACAGUGCCGGGAGACAAACAUUUAACAUAUCGGAGCUGGAGCAACCCAGGAUCCCGAUGUUGAAGCUCAGCAUAGAAAACACAGCAGCUGAAGUGGUCAGAGCAUGCAGGGGAGAAAGAGCGAAGGGCAAAUUCAAGGAGUCAUACCUGCUUCCCUCGUUUUGUGUCAAACCCAAAAUUGCCAUCGACACCCCCAUUCCACGGGAAAAGCUCAACCCACCCACACCAAGCAUCUAUUUGGAGAGCAAGCGGGACGCCUUCUCUCCAGUUCUGCUUCAGUUCUGCACAGAUUCCAAAAAUGCUGUAACGGUCAUCCGGGGCUUGGCCGGCUCCCUCCGCCUUAAUCUCGGUCUGUUCUCCACCAAGUCGCUGGUGGAGGCCAAUUCAGACCACGUCGUGGAAGUGAGGACUCAGGUUCAACAGCCUGCCGAUGAGAACUGGAACCUCAACGGCUCUGCACAAACCUGGCCCUGUGAAAGCAGUCGAUCGCACACCACCAUCGCCAAAUACGCCCAGUACCAGGCCUCCAGUUUCCAAGAGAGCCUGGAGGAGGAGAAGGAAAGUGAGAAUGAGGAGGAGGAAGAAGAAGAUAAGACAUCAGACACAUUAGCGACCACAAAAGCUGCCCUGACUUUACCCAAUAGUAAAGUCAGCCCCACUUCAAUGACAAACAAAACCAACUCCACUUCUUCCAGUAAAGCCCAGUUGGCUAAUUCCGCCAGCACUCCCAGCCCAGAGCAGAAAACAGUGGGAAAAAUCAUUAAAUUUGGGACCAACAUUGAUCUCUCUGACCCUAAAAGGUGGAAGCCCCAGCUGCAGGAGCUUCUGAAGCUCCCAGCUUUCAUGCGAGUGGAAUCCAGCAACAACAUGCUGAGUCUCGUUGGCCACACCAUCCUGGGGAUGAACUCCGUGCAGCUGUACAUGAAGGUUCCCGGCAGCCGAACUCCCGGGCAUCAAGAGAACAACAACUUCUGCUCCGUCAACAUUAACAUCGGACCUGGAGAUUGUGAGUGGUUCGCAGUACACGAACACUACUGGGACGCCAUAAACAAAUUCUGCGACAAGCACGGAGUCGACUAUCUCACGGGGUCCUGGUGGCCGGUGCUGGAGGAUCUCUACAGCUCCAACAUCCCUGUGUACCGCUUCAUCCAGAGACCAGGAGAUCUGGUGUGGAUCAACGCCGGGACCGUUCACUGGGUUCAGGCCGUGGGCUGGUGCAACAACAUAGCCUGGAACGUGGGACCGCUCAAUGCAUACCAGUAUCAGCUCGCUCUGGAGCGCUUUGAGUGGAAUGAGGUGAAGAAAGUGAAGUCGAUCGUUCCCAUGAUCCACGUUUCGUGGAACGUGGCUCGUACCCUCAAGGUCACGGACAAGGACACCUACAAGAUGAUCAAACACUGCCUCAUGCAGUCUAUGAAGCACAUCCAGAUUCUGAGAGACCAGCUGGUGGCUGCGGGAAAGAAAAUCUUUUAUCAGAGCCGUGUGAAGGAUGAGCCCGCCUACUACUGCAACGAUUGUGAUGUGGAGGUGUUUAAUCUGCUGUUAGUAACCAGUGAGAACAGCACUAAGAAGACCUACGUGGUGCACUGUGAGGACUGCGCUCGAGCUAAGAGCUCCUCUCUGGCGGGGGUGGUGGUGCUGGAACAGUAUCGGAUGGAGGAGCUGAUGAAGAUCUACGACAGUUUCAUGCUGACCCCUCCGCCUCCGUCAAAGUGAGGCCUCCGCCGCGGCCGCACGUCUCUCAGCCAUAACCAAAACUGUUAACGGCAGCACAAAAGUUGUCUCCAAGGUGGCCAGCUUCAGCAAAACGCUCUCUCAAUCAGCCAAUCACGUUUACUCAGUAUUGUUUACAUUACACAAUAAGGUAUGGAUACUCAGCCAAUCCAUCUCGAGCUCACUGUCUUCCCCAUACCAGCUGCAGAUUGGACGUGUGGUUUGAAAUAGAAUGACUAGACUGGUUCUUCUCACGAAAAGCAUUUAAUAUAAGUAAAACACACACACACACAAAAAAAAAGAAAACAAAACAAAACAAAAAAAAAACAAUGUGAGCACUGAUACCACUGAAAAUCAGGUUAUGUAUGUUCAACGGACACUGCUGUGAUUCAAAAGCGUCUAGUAGCCGGUUCUGUGUAAUGAUUCAGGUAAUUUUAUGCAAAUUCAGUAGAACUUUUGUACACCAAUCUAGUUAUUCUAUGUGUCCAUGAAUUUGCUGUGAUUCUAUUGUACCAGCAGGGGAAGUAGCUGAUUGUCAUGUUCGGCAUGGUCUUGGUUUCUGUUUUUUUUUUUGUUGUUUUUUUUAUUGUUUUGUUCCGGUAUUCAGGUAAACUGAUAUUUGUAAUUCUUGUCUGUAAACUCUUUGAGGUGCUAUACCAGUCCUAUUUAUUCUCAUUAGAUACUUAACAAAGUGUUACCAGCCUAGAAGUACACCACAUUGGCCUUGUGAACUGUAUUUAGAGGUAAUUAGCUUAUAAAACGCAUAUACAAAUUAGGUUUUUACGCGAUUAUUAGCUCAAAUUGAAAAUUUUUUUAUCAGUUUCUCUAAAAUACGGGUUUACUAGAGGACUAAUAUGGUUUCAUUCUUAGUUGGAAAUCGACUGUGUUGAGGAGGAGGAAAAAAAACUAACUUUUUAUCGUGUCCGCUUUUUAACACUUCUAGCAAAGAUGAUGGUUGACGUGAUUUGUACAAAACAUGCAGAGAAAACCGACGUACAGUUGUCAUUUUUACUUUUGGAAUGGGGAAUUUCAGAGUCCCGGUUUUAUACCUCUUUUUGUUGAAAUCGUAUUGUUUGUAGGUAACAGAGAAAAUACCGAAUUGUAAAUUUUGAAUGAACUUAUGGGAGACACAGUGGUGUGCAUAGACGGAGGCAAAGAGCGAAAUGCAACAUAAAAAAAAAACACGCGCAAAGAUAUAAAUAAUCAUAGUCUUCUACUGCAAAAACCAGUGAUGCCAAACAGAUGAACAGAUCCUGCGUCGCCGUCCCGGUGUAAUUCAGCUCCACACACUGCCAAAGGCUCCAACUGCACCGAUGUGAUCAUUGAGUCAACAAUAAUUCAUUGCUCUCUUUUGAUCCAAAAUUUCUGACUUCAGAAUUAUUGCCAUGCCAUCAGUAUAAGUUCACAGAUGUCGAUUUUUCUCCUCAAGCAUCAGCUGAAUGAGAUGCAGACGAUGCCAAAUUCAUCCUGGUGGUUAACAGAUCCAGGAUUUUUGACCAAAGGAAGAUGCUCCACUAAAUUACAUCUGUCGUUGGGGAAACGUUCGUCUUUUUUCUAACUUUGACAGCUAAAGUGAUUCGUAAAAACAAAGUCGUACUUCUCUUUCAACGAAACAUGACACUCUCCUAUUGGUAAUCUCUAGAUUAAGAUUUUCUUCUUCUGCUGAGUAAGAUUAGGCAUUUGCUGAUACCGCGAGUUCCAACUCAAUAUUGCAGUUUCUCCAGUCAGUUUGUCUUGGCAGUGACUGAUUUUUUUUUUGACCCAACUUGUGUUUCCACGGAGCGACUUCAAUGCAAAUCUAGUCAAAAGAUACUACAGUGUUCUGAAAACAUGUUCCCUAAAACCUGUACGGCUUCAUCGUUUGGUUCUCAAUAUAUCACAUAACGCAUUCACUUGCUGUCUUCAACAACGCCCGCCCGCCGCCGACGUUUUCGUGCGUUGCAGUUUGUUGACGUGUUAAGCUAACGUCAGCAUACUUGCUCAGUGUUUUUAAGUGGGCCGUGCCCAGGACGUCCCCGUCAAAACGAGCCUGUAAAUGUCAAAACGGUGCAGCUCAUUGUGACUUCAAGAUGAAACACUACUCGUUUUAUGACGAUAAAAUGUAAACGCAACGUCAGCAAUCCUUCAGAGAUAUUUAAGCAAAAACUGAGUUUUCACAGGAAACUCAGUUUUGCCCGGUGCUAUCUGACAGUGUUUGUACAUGGCCUUGAAUGGUCCAUAUUUUUUGCAGAGACCUAAGCAUAGGAUGACUGACUCGCUCACGGAACUGGAACUAUUAUGUUGAAACAGAGGUGUGGUAUCACUGUUGGAAAAACGAUUGCAAUGACUUGCCCACGAAUGGCAAGCUUCAGGGCUCGGCUCUGGUCUCGAUCGGUCUGUGCACACCAUUUUCUGUACAUACUGUAUCCGCUUCAGGUUUAUUAGAACACGUGUAAUUUUGUUCUCAAUGAAAGACAAAAAAAAAAAAAAAAAAAGAAAAAGAACAAAAAAAAAAUUGGCUUUUGUUGCUGUCAUUUGUUUCAUUUUUCCUUCGUUGUCGUUUGUAUAUUCUAAACACGCGCCGGAAGUAUCCCGUUUCCUUCUAGUUUAAAUUACUGCAACGGGAAAAUUUUAUACCUCUUUUUUUUUUUUUUUGUCAGUUAUUCUGUUUUGUUUUUCCUCUUUUUUUCUCUCUCUCUCUCUCUUUUUUGGAUAAUGGAGAAAAUGAUAAAUUGUAAAUGGUGACAUUAUUUAUACUGUAAAUGGUGGUUUGCUUAUAUAUUUAUUGCAUAUCAAAGGAUACUUCACUUGAUAAGGGGCUACAAGGUAUUUUAAAAGUGUUGUAUGGUCAUAGUGUGUGGAUAGGGGAUGUGCAAUCAGGGGGGCAGUUUAAUAUUCAUGGUGCUAGACCCCUACUUGCCUCAGUGCCCCCUCAUCAAACAGCAUAUAUUGAUGUAUGGACAUAAGAUUCAGCUCAAUCCAACCAUCUGGUGCUUAGAACCAUUUCAACACGGUUUACUAGAAAUGGAAUGAUGUCUUUGUACUGUAACUAAGAGAACAAUACAAGAUUUUUUUUUCUUUUGUACCUUUCUUCCAUUGUAUGAAAUGCAUAAUCUCGUGUGGCGUUAGUGGUUUUAUGAUAAGCAUUAGCUGUAGUUGUUAACUCUUGACACUUUUGCAGAGACUCUUAGGGAUGUGACUUUUUAUUGGCGUCGAGGUUCCUGGUGUCUUGUCCUCAUUAGUACUAUUUGGAGGAUGUAACGAAGCUCUUCUUUCUCACCCCACCCUACGCCCCUUCUAUUUUCACUUGUUUGAUUUAUGCUGCACUCACUGUUUCCAAAAGAAGUCACUUAGAAGAAAACCUGAGCCAGACCUGUCUUAAUUCCUCUGUGAUUUUUUUUCUGUGACAUACUGUAUUGUUGUUCGAGAAAUUAAAAAUGUUUUGAUAAACCAUG